AUGUCCGGCCUGAUCGUCGCCAUAUUGGUUUCGGUUUUCCUCGAUUCCUCUCUGGCCCUUCCCCAUCGAUACAUCAGCGAAUUUUCGCUCAACAACCGCGAUCUGUUCGGCGUCUCGCCGCCCCCGCCCGCCGACUUGAUCGUCUCCCAAGCCCUAGUCGAAGAAAUUACCGAAGAAACUACAACGAAACACGAAGCAGAAGAUGUCGCUCUAACCGAAUCACCUACAGAACAACAAGAAGUAAUAGAAGACAAACCGGUAGCUGAGGCUAAAGAUGGUAAAGAAGAGGAUAGAUUAGAUGAAGUGAAGAAGCAGUACAAAGGUAAAAAAGGCCACAAAUCGGCCAAGUUCGGCGAGAAAAAGGGUCACAAGAAAGGCCACAAGACCAAAGGCUACAACAACCGGUUCCACAAGGACGAGUACCACAAGCAGCACAAGUUGUACGGGGACAAGUACAGGGAUCGUUCGCGAAGCAGGUACCAGGAUCAGCAGGAUAAAUCGGCCAAAAAGGAGAAUGGUUACAAGAGAUCCAAGCAGAAGACGCGCGGUGAGGAUGUUAGUAGAUUCGCCAGUAAAGGUUUCGACGAUGUCGAUAAAUUCGAUAAAAGAGACGAAGAUUUCGAUAAGAAAUCGUCGCAACUCAGCAAAAACGUCCAUCGCGCUAGAAGAAUAAAGUUCGAGCAAAAGGAACUUCCUCCAAAUCAUAAGGAUGCUUCUAGUUUGUACCCAAAUCACAGGCCAUAUUAA